AUGGAAUUCCUUUAAAAACUUAUUUCAAUUCCAAAAAAUGUGUUAUUGUCCUUGAAAUAUUCGUAAUAAAAGAAAUAACAAAUAGAAGUUAUAGAACCUAUCAAAUUUGUGGAAGAUUGCAAAAUUGAGACUUUUGAUAUUAUGGAAUAAAAAAGAGUAAUAAAAAAGAAAUUAAUUGCUGAUAAACAGAUUUAAACAGAACUUGAGUUUGUAAGAACUAUCGAAAAUUCCCAAAAGAAAUGUUUGAUUAAUAGAGAUGAUAAUAAAUAAUCACAUCAAUUUAAGAAAAAUGAAAAGUGUGCUAAGAAAUAAGCUCAAAGUCCCAGUGAAGCAUCGGAUAAGACCAAACCAUCAUAAUACUCUUAUUGCUAAAAUAAUUUAAUAGAUUCAUUUGAAUUGGAUGAGAAAUAAAGGAUCCUUUAAAAUGAUAGAUUCUUUUAUACUGCUCAAAAGAAAACUGUUGAAUAAGCUCAAUAAAGAUUCCUUGAUAAUUAUUUUAAUAAGAUCAAAUUACAAUUAGAGGAUAAAGAAUAACUAAUCAUGAAAUAGAAUAUAGUAAAAACAAAUAAUUGA